GGCGCCCGCCAUGGCCGCGCUGCGGAGGCUGCUGUGGCCGCCGCCUCGGCGGCCGCCGGCGCUCUCGCCGCUCCAGCCCGGGCCGGGGCCGUGCGGGCGGGCGGCGGGCGCGGCCCCGGCGCCGGCGGGCCGCGAGGAGGCGGCGGCGGGCGCCGUGGCGGAGGCGGCGUGGCGGCGGCGGCGGCGGCGGCGCUGGGGGGAGCUGGGCGUCGCGGCGGCGGCGGGCGGGGGGCUCGUCGGCCUGGUGUGUUACCGGCUGUACGGGGACCCCCGGGCCGACUCGGCGUGGGCUCCCGCGCGCCCCGCGGAGAGCGCGGCCUCGGAGCCCGAGGCGCCGCCCCGAGCCCGGGGGCUGCUGCCCAUCCCGGUGGCCGCGGCCAAGGAGACGGUUGCCAUUAGCAGAACAGAUAUUGAAGACCUGGACCUGUAUGCUACAUCAAGAGAGAGAAGAUUUCGUUUAUUUGCUUCUAUAGAGUGUGAAGGGCAGUUAUUCAUGACUCCAUAUGAUUUUAUUUUGGCUGUUACCACAGAUGAGCCCAAAGUUGCCAAAACAUGGAAGUCCCUUUCUAAACAGGAAUUGAAUCAAAUGCUUUCAGAAACACCACCAGUUUGGAAGGGGUCAUCGAAGCUAUUCAGAAAUCUUAAAGAAAGAGGUGUGAUUUCUUACACAGAAUAUCUUUUUCUUUUAUGUAUUUUAACAAAGCCCCAUGCAGGUUUCAGGAUAGCUUUCAACAUGUUUGACACUGAUGGCAAUGAGAUGGUGGACAAGAAGGAGUUCCUAGUGCUUCAAGAGAUAUUCAGGAAAAAAAAUGAAAAGAGAGAAACUAAAGGAGAUGAAGAAAAACGUGCUAUGCUGCGUCUUCAACUUUAUGGAUACCAUUCUCCUCCUAAUAGUGUACUUAAAACAGAUGCUGAGGAACUUGUCUCCAGAAGCUAUUGGGACACACUGAGACGUAACACAAGCCAAGCACUCUUUUCAGACCUUGCAGAGCGUGCUGAUGACAUCACAAGUUUAGUAGCAGAUACUACACUUCUUGUACACUUUUUUGGAAAGAAAGGAAAAGCUGAGCUCAACUUUGAAGAUUUUUAUAGAUUCAUGGAUAAUCUCCAAACAGAAGUUCUAGAAAUAGAAUUCCUUUCCUAUUCUAAUGGAAUGAAUACUAUCAGUGAAGAAGAUUUUGCUCAUAUUCUUUUACGAUAUACAAAUGUGGAAAAUACAUCUGUGUUUUUGGAAAAUGUGCGUUACAGUAUACCUGAGGAAAAGGGCAUCACAUUUGAUGAAUUCAGGUCAUUUUUCCAGUUUUUGAACAACUUAGAAGACUUUGCAAUAGCCCUCAAUAUGUAUAACUUUGCAAGCCGCUCUAUAGGACAAGAUGAAUUUAAACGUGCUGUCUACGUAGCCACUGGACUCAAACUGUCACCACAUUUAGUAAAUACUGUCUUCAAGAUCUUUGAUGUUGACAAAGACGAUCAAUUAAGUUAUAAAGAAUUUAUUGGAAUUAUGAAAGACAGACUCCAUAGAGGAUUCCGGGGUUAUAAAACAGUCCAAAAGUAUACUACUUUCAAAUCAUGCCUGAAAAAAGAACUUCACAGCAGAUAAACACUCCUUAAAGUUCAAAGGAUUACAAUCUAUAUGACAAAUGCAAGAAGCAAAAAUUUCUGAGAGUGGAAGCAGGUCUGAUAUCACAACAUGUAGAAAAUGAAGGAAAGAGUGAAAUGUUUUGAAAUUUAUGUAUUUUUGUUGAACUGGAUUCUUAACAAAGAUACGACAAAUGGUAAAUAUAAUCGAGUUGAGCCUUUACCCUGUUUCCUGAACUUUCUGCACUUUUUCAUUCCCUCAAGAAGUAUACAGAUAUUUCCAGUGACUUGUAUGAGAAUGUAUUUUAAUUUUUUUAUUUAUUUGAGAUUUCUUUUAUUUCAAGUAUAAAUUAUGACUCAUAGACUAUAGACCACCUAACACAAGCAACAUAUUUUUUUUUGCUUUGGACUGUGAAUUUAUUUUUAGAAAAUAAAUAUUUCUUCAGAUUUGUAUUCGGACCCUUGGGAUUUUUAAUAAUUUCCUAUUAUUUACCAGUUCUUUCAUUUGUUGAAGUAAUUGGGGGAAAAAUAGAAUUAAGUGUCUAAAUAAUAUGAUGGUUUACAUUGUACUUUUAACUUUUAAGAGUAUUGAAGUAACAUUGUUUGACUUGUCUAAAUUCUUUUUGUUUUGUUUUAUUUUUGGUUUUGUCUUGUUUUUGUGCAUUCACCAAAGUCAACAGGAUUUCUGGUACUUUUUAAUGUAGAAAGAGAUGUAAAAUGUAGGUAAAAUAAAAUCUUAGCUUGACAGAAGCAGGGAUAGUUAUAACAAGAUGCAUUGUUAUUAUUUUAAACACAAUAUUGUUCCUGAAUGUAGUGGUAUAUAUUAAUAACACUAAAUAAUAUCUUGAAGCUCUGUCACAUAUUGCAUAUUGUUAAUAUAUAUUUGUAGCAUCUAAAUGUGUUAUAAAGAUUAAAAUGAUUCAGAUGACUGAUGUAUAUUUCGGUAGAACAUAAUGUUUUGUUUCUUGCACAAGGACCACAUACAAAAGUAUGUGUAAUAAUGGGUAACUUAAAUACAACACAUUAUUUCAAAAUAAUAUAUCUUGCAAGUGAAAAUAAAAACUUUGUAUUGAAAAAACUCAGUCACAUUGAGAAAAAGUGUACAAGUACUUUAUAAAUUAAUAUAAAUCAGUUUAAUUAAAAUAUUUAAAAACAAUACAAUGAUUUAAGUUAAUAUAUUUAUUGCAUGUAGACUGUAAGUUUAUAUAUCUUCCUUUUUAAGACAUAUUUAUUUUAAGUUAUACACACUCCACUCUGAUCUUGCUUUUGAAAGAAAAUAGGAAGCACUUUGUUUUUAUAAGUUAUUAAAUGUGAAAUUGGUCUUCAGCAGUUUAUUUAUAAAAAUAAUGUUAUUUCCAAUAUGUUAUUAUCAGUGACUUAUGUUUGUUAUACUUACAUUUUUCUGAUAUUAUUUAUUAUAUCAAUGCAGAAGCAUAGAUUCAUAAAUUUAAGAAUCCCACAUAGCAUAAUUUAACUUCACCUGUUUUGAAUGUUGAGUCAAUUGAGUGUCUAAAUGCAGAUGCCUGUUUACUCAUUUAUAUCUCAGGUCUUCGUUGUUUAUACUGAAUGUUGUCAAUGUUCGGUUUGGAAAGUAAUAUUAAAAAAAUACAUUUCAGUCUUUGAAAAUUACAUUCUCACAUACAUGUAAAUCAUAUGAUUAAAAAUUGAAUUAGACAUUCUAAAAAUCCUUUAUAAUUCUGUCAUUCUCUCAAUCCAUUCUCUGCCAUUGUUAUAUAAUCAUUGUUCUUCAUUGUUUAUUGGAAUGAAUAGGUGAAUGUGUUUAUGGGACUGAAAGAUAAUAUAAAAAUGAAAAUGAAUCCCAUAUUUUGACUAAUUACAAUGAAAAGAGAAUAGCAAAUUACAGUGAUCCCCUCCAUAAUAACACUCAUCAACUCUUUCAUCUAUAAAAUCAGUGGUUAAAAAUAUCUUAAUGAAAAAAAAAUAUAUAUCUUAAUGAAUUGUUGUUUACAUCAAUUUAAAUGUUUAAAUGCUUUGCAAAUGAUGUAUUAAGUACCUGUAUGCUGUUGUUUUCAGUUUGACUUCUACAAACUAUACUUGGCAAAAGUUAAGCUGUAAAUACAAUUUUAGUUAUACUUUUACAAGGAUCCUCUGUGAUAAGUAGUACAUGGUACUUCUUAGAAUCAUUGCAUAAUAAAUUCACUUAAAUCACAAUUAAUUGUUCUUAUAAGUUAUAACUAUAAAGCUACAUGUCUUACAUUAUCUCAAAAUAAAUAUACUUGCCCUUGAAUCAA